AUGCAUUUUCUUGCCUGCUUUCGAAAUGAAUUUGGUCAAGGAAAUACAACUGUUGAAGAUACAAUGAAUAAAGCUUAUGGACAAACGUUAAAACAUUUUCACGGUUGGAUUACACGUGGAUUUUUUUCAAUUGCUUUUCGAUCAGUUCCUUGUACUGAAGAUUUUCUUAUUUCACUUGCUAUUAAUCCAAAUGAUCCUCGAGAAGUUUUAUUUGAACAACAAAUUUUAAGUGAAAUGCUUGAACAUAGUACAAAUAUGAAUAUUGUUUUACGUAAAAUAAAUGAUUUUUAUACUGAACAUAAACUUGAAUCGGAUCAAAUCGGUGGUUGA